AUUCAAAAAGAUGCCGUUCCUAGGAAGAGAUUGGAGAUCUGGCGGUGACGAAUGGCUAAAAACUGAAAAAGGAUGGGAAAAGGUUAAAAUAAGAAGAUGGAAGAUAUUUGAAAAUUUAAACGAAAACGUAGUUUCCAGAUGCUACAAAAGGUACGAUCCGGAAGAGAGUAAGCAAAUUGCUUGUACAACACAGCCACAUAUAUUUAUUGUGAAGAAUUCAACAAAGGAGCAAAAAUGCCAAACAAGUCUAUCUGAGGCGUUUAGUAAACUUGAUAUGUCUGGAGCAGCUCGUGAUAUUAAGAGAUUCUCCUAUGUUCGAAAGUUACUAGAAGUGAUAAUCAGGAACAAAUUCUCAUCUUUAAGCGGAAGUGCACAAAGAUGCAUUUUUCAAAUUUUACAAGAAACUGUUCAAAGAGUCAUUCAGACGAAAAAUGAUGUUAAACUAAUGAAAACUCUAUUGAAUGAUACACAUAAAGCCUUGAAUAAGGGAAAAUACUUGCACGUUGGAAGUCGUUCCUUAUGGAAUAUGCAUUUGAAUUCUUUACAACAGAUGAUGAUUGCUUUGGAGGAACUGCACAUAGAUACGCCAACCGACGAGAGUCCAUCGUUAUGCGAUCUACCUGAUGACUGCAUGAGAGAAAUUCUGUAUAAAUUAAGUGAUAGGGAAGAUAUUAUAAACUUGGGUCAAACUUGCGAUAGAACGUCCAGUUUAACAAAGGAGGAUGGACUUUGGAGAGAUUUAUGUGUCUACUAUUUUGACGAAGUUCAAAUGGCGAAAGUUUUAAAAAAUAAUGAAACUAUCGAAAGUGUUCGUUGGUCCUGUUUAUACGAGAGAUUGGUAAAGCGUUUCGGAUUCAAAGAAGAUUAUACCGAAUUGCUUAAUCUUUGCAAACACUGCAAUGCUUUGUAUUGGUCUUGUCACGGUCACCCCUGCCCCUAUCCAGAUCUUGAAAAAGAAUCCGCUUCUCUAAGUCCAGUUAUGUGCAUGGAACUGUUUUGUUCUUAA